AUGAGUCCCAAAUGCUUACAGUCGGACAGACUUCAUCCAACUGUCACGGAUGGUGACAGAUUGAGAGGCCUACCUGCUCUUGACUAUGCACUAAAGCCGUUCCAACACGAAGAUCGACUCUCCAAAAAUCGGGAAAAAGGCUUGACUCUCCAUACUGUGGUCAGCAAACGAAAGCCAAGAGCAAGUCAAGAGCAGGGAUUUAGACCGCUGGCGGCACGCNGCUUUCUAGUCACGGCUGAUGUUAUCUCGCUUUAUCCAAACGUGGAUAUUAAGAAAGCAUUAAUUGCCUUAGACCUACUGCUUAGAGAGGCCAAGGCGCCUGAGACACCUCUGUUAAUUCAGUUCGCUAGGCUUGUUUUUGAAAAUAAUGUUCUUAAAACAGAAUUUAGCGAGGAAAUAUUUCAUCAGAUAUACGGGAUAGCGAUGGGAACCCCUUUUGCAGUUACUGCCGCUAACGCUUUUAUGUAUUAUCUAGAAAAGGACCUGGUUAGCCAGUUCUCGAAUCACCUAGUGUUAUACAAGCGUUUUAUUGACGACAUUUUUUGCAUUUGGAAAGGUCCCAGGGAUAAGUUAUUAGAUUUUCUCAGCUGUCUCAAUAGCAGAAAUGACCGUAUCAAACUUACGCAUGUUAUUGAAGAAAACAAGAUUUCAUUUCUGGAUUUACUUCUUUAUAAAGAUAGUAAUAGUAAUCGAUUGCACUUCUCGACCUUUCAAAAGCCACUUAACAAGUAUCUGUACAUUCCUUUCGAGUCUUUUCAUCCCGGUAGCAAUAAGAAGGCCUUUAUCAGAGGCGAACUUAUGCGCUAUACCAGAAAUAGCUCGACGUUUGAAGCUUUUAGCGAAACUCGUGCUAAAUUCUGGAAGCGCCUUCGGCUCCGCGGUUAUCCCGUUAGUUUCUUGCUUCCUAUUUUCAGAGAAGUUAAGUAUAGUAACAGAUCAAAGUGGCUUUCUAGAAAGGUCAAAACUCGCGUAGAUAGAAUGGUUGUAUUUAAAUCUACAUUUAACUGUAGUCACGCCAACAUUAAGCGAGUAACUGAAAAGCAUUUACCGGAUUUGAAAUGUAUUGUUAGCUAUAAGAGUACCACUACUUUAGCACAUCUAUGUAAGUAAGUUAUUUUUUUGGGGACCAUGCGAUUAGCGCUAAUCGCAUGGUCCCCAAAUUAUUUACGUAAUAAUAACAUUAGUCACGACGUUGUUAUAUACACGUCCCUUUAAACAGCAUAUGUAAGCUUUUAGUCACUUCCUUAGGAAGUUGUAAAUCACGUUUACAUUAUUAYAUAUUGCUGUACUAUAGUUGUAAAAAUCAUUCCCUGAAGAAGUCUCCGUUAAGAGACGAAACGCGUUGAAAAAAAAAAGUUUUACAACUACUCAAAGAGUUCUCCUUGGUGCUGCUCACUAGUCUAAGUUAAAAAAAA